UACUGUUUGCUAAGUGAUGCCUGUUGCUGUGUUCCCUCUGCAGGACACGAUCGCCUGCCAACGUGGAUGCCGGCUCCUCUCCAUCUGCCAGUUUGUGGAUGGAAUCAGUGGUUUGAACAGCACCAGGGCCGAGUGUGAGGCAGCGUGCCUGGAAGCGUACAGUCAGACGGAUGAGCAGUACGGGUGUACCACCGGCUGCAGGGAGCAGUUCCUGGAGGCAGAGAGGAGGCAGAAACAGCUCCUGACGUCGACGUCUGAAACCCCCUCCUUCUCCCUCGUCCACUACCUCUCCAACCUGUGCAGCGACUUUGUCAACUCGGCCCAGAGUUUUAUCUCUUCCACCUGGACCUUCUACCUGCAGGCCGACGAUGGCAAGGUUGUGGUCUUCCAGCUCCUGACGUCGACGUCUGAAACCCCCUCCUUCUCCCUCAUCCACUACGUCUCCAACCUGUGCAGCGACUUUGUCAACUCGGCCCAGAGUUUUAUCUCUUCCACCUGGACCUUCUACCUGCAGGCCGACGAUGGCAAGGUUGUGGUCUUCCAGGCAAACCCGGAAGUGGACUUCUCGUCCCUGGACCUGGAGCCCUCGCUGCCCAAUGAGACUGAGAAUCCCCAGGACGGGAUCCCCGGAGUUCAGGAGCAGGAGGAGGAGCUGCCGACGCCACGGACCACCCCGGCAACGCUGGAACUGCAGCCAGCUGCGGCUGAGGGGGUGAGGAAGGAGUCGGACAGUCGGGCGAUCGCAGAGCCAGCGGUGAAAGAGAAGCUCACAGAUGGAGAAGGCUCGCACACGCAGCACGACUUCCUGGCCUGCAUGUCACGGCGCUCAGGGCUUCCCCGGUGGAUCCUGGCUGGUUGCCUGGUUUUGUCAAUCGCGGUCAUGUUGUGGCUGAGCUGCGCCAGUUUGGUGACUGCCCCCGAUCAGCACGUCAAGUCACAGCCUCUGAGCAUCAGUAGUGACGAGGAGAGUUUGGUGAAGUCUCCACUGUACGGACUGUCCUCUGUAAUCACAGUGAUGAUCCAGGAUGGAGAGGAGGAGGAUGAUGCGGGCCCUCUGCCUAUGAAAGUCGACCUGAGUAAAACCCUCAUCUAGAACAUCACCUGCUCGUGUAAAGGCCCAUUCCUCUUGCCUGCUGGCUCAAGGUGCAGCUUCAGUAUUGACGAGUACCCCGUCUUCCCUGCCCCCCCCCCCCCCCCUCCUCCCCCAUCUCCCCCUCCCACCCCCUUGUGAAAUACAUCCUGGACUGCAGGCUGGGGAGGGAGUGACAUUUUUUGGCAUCUAACAGCAUUAUAAAUCUCUACACAUCAAGAUUGGAAAUCCCAAGAGCCCGAACUCCUCAUCUUCUGUUGAAGUCCUAAAUGAGGAGUUUUCAGGAUUCUGGGAUGUCUUCAUUACUUCCUUGAUCUUAUUGUGAGCUGAUUAUGUGCUUGUGGUGAAGUAAUCAAAGAGACCUGUAAUACUCAGCCUCACCGACAGCUGUACAAACGGUGAGCAGCAGUGACACAGGGAGGGUGUUGUGAGUAACGCUGCUCUCUCCCUCACACACACACACACGCACACACACGC